CGAGUUAGUUAGGGAUUCGUUCCUCUGUCUACUCUAGGAUUGCCGCCGUUUCCCGGGCGCGAACGUCCACCGUCGUCAAUUGUAGGAGCUAGCUCCGCUUCUUUUCCUCUGUUCGUCCUCCUCCUUUCUGUAAGUAUCGUUAUCAUAUAGCUUCAAUUUCUCCUCGCUCUCUGCCUUCUUCUGUUCCUUCGCCCCUGACGGAGAGAGAGUUCGGUAAUGCCUGCUGGUUAUGGCUUCUGUACUAUUUCGACAUUCAAGUCGCUGCAGAGGAAAAGUUCUCAACGUUGUAGAGGAGGAGAGAAUCUAUUAGAAUUAGCAUCUCACAUGGAGCUUCUUCUUUUGUAUUUCCUUUUUACAGUGUGCUGAUUGAAGAAAGAAUCUGGUAGUUUUGAGUUAGUCAAAAGCAGCUGGAAAUAGUUCAGGUAUGUGUGUUUAAUAACUGAAUUUCAAGAAAAAUCUAUGUCGGAAACAAAGUUUUGAUCUUUUUAGGCUAGAAGCUAUUUGGGGAAGAUUGAUUUUGGAAAUAUUUUAUUUCUCGUACUUAUAAGAUGCCUGCCUUACCACGAUUUGCUUACUUCUCCUCCUUCCUUAUCUCAGCAGCCCAAUCGUGGGAAACUGCCGUCGGCUACCUCAUCCACCGCAGAUGUUGAAGCUACUGGCUGGCCGGACAAUGGUCUCUAUGACUUUUGUGCUUCCAUCUCUCUUACCUCCAAAACCUUUUUCACGACUUUCAACAAUUCUGUUUCCCUCCACUUCUUGGUCCCUCUCGUCUCCUUCUUCCUCCAGACCUCCACGGUUCUACUCCUCAGUUUCACAGAUUUCUCAUCUAAGGCGCCUUUGUGAUGGAGCCAACUCUCAUCUAGUUAUCUCGCUGUAUGCCUGAAAAGCGCCUCAGAGUUGCUGUUCUGCUAAGUGGUGGAGUGGAUAGUAGCGUUGCCCUUCGGCUGCUCCAUGCUGCCGGCCAUGAAUGUAACGCCUUUUACCUGAAAAUCUGGUUCCAGGUACAAUGUUGCUGACUUUCGUUUUCAUAUUCGGAACUUUUGCUUCGUCUUGCUCUGGUUCUUAUGUUGGUGAAUUUUUUUGUGUAGGAAGACUUUGAGAACUUUUGGUCAGAGUGACCAUGGGACGAGGAUUUGAAGUAUGCUAGAGCUGUUUGCAAUCAGGUUACCCUCUUCAAGUUGUUUCUGCUGAUAGUUGCUUUCCAUUCUGGUUCAAGAAUGUAGUAUGCUUCUAAGCAGUAUGAUGUGAUGUCCUCAUAUGUAUGUUUUUGAAUUGUAGUCUUUGGGCUUGAGGGUUCAUAUAUUGUAUGUGUAUGAUCCCUUAGUCAUCUCCGGUUUAUUCUUCGAUUUUGGUUCCAGGUUGAUGUGCCAUUAGAAGUUGUGCAUUUGACUGAUGAAUAUUGGAAGAAUGUGGUAUGCAUCUUUGUCCUUCUUACCUUGAGUGGUCUGAGCUGAUGGAGCUAUGGGGGAAUGUUUUCGAUUUUGAAAAUGACUGAGAGGCGACAUGAUUUGUUCAGGUGUCUUACAUUAUCAAGGAGUACCAAUGUGGUCUUACUCCCAACCCGGAUGUACUAUGCAAUACACGAAUUAAAUUUGGUAUGUUUCGUUUCAGCUUUGUGGCAAUCUGUUCUUCAUUCAGAGGUUGAUUCAAUGUUUGAUCCCUCGUCUCUCAUACUCACAUUGGUGUUUAUUAACAAAACUCAGGUGCUUUCUUGGAAGCGGUGAAUGACAUGGGAUUUAACUAUAUUGCUUCAGGGCAUUAUGCUAGUUUGAUCCACCCAUCUUCAAAUGAAUUGAAUAAGGCUUCUGUUUUGGAGCUCUCAAAAGACUUGGUGAAGGAUCAAAUUUAUUUCCUUUCGCAUUUAUCACAAGCUCAACUAAAGCGCCUGAUUUUCCCACUAGGCUGCAUUGCAAAGGAAGAGGUUCGCAAACUUGCUACAACAUUUGACCUGCCUAAAAAGGACAGAAAGGAUUCAAAAGGAAUUUGUUUCUUAGGAAAGAUAAAAUUGAGUGAGUUCGUUGCGAGACAGAUCGGGGAGAGAGAAGGUAUCAUACUAGAAGCUGAGACGGGCGAUUUCCUUGGUAUGCAUAGAGGAUUUUGGUUCGACACCAUUGGUCAGCGACAAGGCAUUCGCCUUCCUGGUGGUUCCUGGUAUGUUGUCGACAAGGAUGUGAAUAACAAUGUUGUGUUUGUCUCCAGAAACUACUUCUCCAUCGACAAGAAAAGGCGAUCAUUUCGUGUUGGCUCGCUGAAAUGGCUUAGUGAUAGACCUCCUGAGGAAAAGUGGCAGAUUCAGUGCAAGGUCCGGCAUGGUCCAGGGAUUUACAAUUGCAAUGUGACUAUAGAGCAUAGUGAAGAUGAAAAUGAGGAAGUUGCAGUUGUCCAAUUGUCAGAAGAUGAUCAAGGUCAAGCUGCAGGGUAGUUUGCAGCCUUCUACAAUGGAAGAAUAUGUAUAGGCUCCAGCGUAAUAUUGGAAUCAUGGGAUGAUCAAGGGUUCCCUGUAUGUGAAAGGGCCAUGGAAAUUGCUAAACUAGAAGACAAAUCAAAGCUGGGGAAACCAGUUAAGAUAAAAGUGAAGCCGUUCUUUUUGAACAGGUAAUUCUUCAUCGUAUUUUUUUUAUAUGAAGUGAUGCUGAAAUUUUAUUCAUCUUAAAAGUGGAGGGUCCAUAAGAAAUGGACUAGCUCCUGAUGAUUACAUAAAGAAAAAUGUAAGAAGAACCAGAACAAUUAUAAAAUAAACAUUCAAGGAGGCCAGAGAGUUCUUUGAAGGACUCUGUUCAAAGAGAUGGGACAGAAAUAGAACUUGCAGUUGGCAGCUAAACAAAUAUCCAGAGCCGGAGUCUGAGGUAUCCAUUGCUCAACUAGACUGAUGGUUCAUGGAAGCCCUUUCAAGCAUUAUAGGUACGCUGCCCUUUCUAAGACUUUCAUAUCCUUCUUUUCUGAGGUGGGCCUCUGCUUCUGUAAAAUAAGAAUGGAGCUCAUCCUGGGUUCUCGGAGUGUACAAUGUCCAGUGAACAUCAUUGCCAUUACGAUAUCUUAAUUAACCAUCUACAAGGGAAUGAGAAUAAAUAUUCAGUAGUUGU